ACUGAUCACCACCCCCUGCCUGUUUCCUAUCCUGGCCCGCUCUUGGCCCGUUUAUAUAUCCCGACAACAGGUCGUCCGGGACAGAUGAGAAAUGCGAGAUGCCUGAUUGAUCGACACGGCUCCCCCCCUAUCACCAGCUCGUGGACCUCUGGUGUCACAAAGCUGCUACGACUGGACCGACUUGAGAACUCCCAAGACGCGGUUCUUCAUCAGCUCUGAAACCGCCAGUAACAGCGAGUAUGCGAUCCAAAGGCCUCGCUUGGGCCGCGACGGCCCUCGCGCCGCUGGCCGUCAGCGCCGCCGGCUCGCUCAGGGACAUCAAGCACAUCGUUCUGUUCAUGCAGGAGAAUCGCGCCUUUGACCAUUACUUUGGCACCAUGGCCGGCGUGCGGGGAUUUGGUGACCCCAACGUCCAGGUGAAUAGUGACAACCGGACCGUCUUCGAGCAGCCCAUCCCCGAGGCCAAAAACGGCGUCAGUGUCUUGAAACCAUGGCACAUCAACUACCUGGGCGGCGAGUGGAAGGAGGCCACGCAGUGCAUGGCCGCUGGUGACAAUGGUUGGGGCGCCAUGCACGCGGCUUACAACAACGGCCUCGGAAACAACUGGGUCAGUGCCGAUAGCCCCUUCAGCUUGGGCUACUUCAAGCGCGAAGACGUUCCCACGCAGUGGGACAUUGCCGAGGGCUGGACCCUGGCCGACAUGGCCACGCAGAGCGUCCUCGCCGCGACAGACCCCAACCGUAUCAUGUGGAUGAGUGGCUCCAUCAAUAUCCCCGGCUCGCCGUCGAAUCCAGACGGGUCCGGUGGCAUCAUUAUUGACAACUCGGCCACGCCUGGUUGCGAGGCCCCGCGCCUAAACUGCUUUCCCUUCGUCUGGAAGACGUUUCCAGAGUAUCUCGAAGACGCCGGCAUCUCGUGGCAGGUCUGGCAGGACUUUGAUAACUUCGAGGACAACAUGCUCGCCUACUUUGAGCAGUAUCAGCUCGCCAAGAACGGCUCGGCUCUACGCGAUAAGGGCAACUCAUACCCGGGCCUCGACGCCUUCUACAAGGCCGCGGCCGAUGGCACGCUGCCCCAGGUCAGCUGGAUCGUGGGCCCUCAGGAAAUGGCCGAGCACGCGCCCAACCAGCCCGUCGACGGCGCCUGGCUGCAGAAGAAGGUCGUCGACGCCGUCACCAGCAGCCCCAAGUAUCACGAGACGGUCCUCAUCAUCAGCUACGACGAGCAGGGUGGGUGGGCAGACCACGUCGUACCCCAAGCACCCGACCGGGAUGCGGCCGGGGAAUGGCUCAUGGACCCAUACAACCAGUACGGCAACGUGCCCGUUGGCCCAGGCUGGCGCACGCCCCGAACCAUCGUAUCACCCUGGACUCGCGGCGGCAACGUCUUCACCGAGCGCGCCGACCAUACGUCGGACAUCAUGUUCGUCGAGCAAUGGGCCGCAGCUCAGGGCUACCGAGGCGUCUACAGCAAGGAGCUCACACAGUGGCGCAGGGACCACAUGUCCAACCUCGUCAACGCGUUUGACUUUAGUCAGUCUGACACGUCUUCCGCCCACAUCACCCAGCCGCCUACCCCCGAGAGUCUCCCCGACGAUGGCACUCACUUCAGCGGCAACCUUAGCCUUGGUUCUCUCACAGGUCCGUGGGUCGGCCCGGCCAAAUGCCUACAGGAUCACAAAUCCUCGAGACCCGAAAUCCCUUACGGAUCCUCCAAUGCCAAUCAAAACAUGUCCUCCCUCGUCGAAGAGGGCUUCAAGCGCGUUCGCGGCAGGCUCACCGAGGGCCGAUACUUGACGUUUGAGAGCCGCGGUCUCGCGCUGACGGCAAUCCGAGACCGAUACGCCGGCGUCACUAGGGCCACGAAGCGCCACGACGACAUCCGCCAGCGGUGGAUCGUCCACGCCAUUCCCGGGACCAGCGACCAGUUCACCAUACAGUCCGCAUGGAAUUACAAGUGGAUUUGCGGUGGCACCCGUUAUCUCGGCACCCUGACGAGCGAUGAGUCACGGGCGCAGGCCUUCACCUUCAGAUACAACCCCAACGGCGCCGUGUACACUGUGCAGGUGGCCGAUAAGGACCAAUACGUCAGCGUCCAGCAGUCAAGCGGUUGGUCGCUGCAGACUCUACUUGCCUCGUCCGCUACUCCGCUUCAGUGGAACAGUAGGAAAGAGUGGUUCGAGAUUUACAGCGUGUCGUACCUCCAGUAGUGCGACGCGACGGUUGACCGUCGUCAACGUUUUGAGAGCGACGACGCAUAGUAUAGAUGCAUUGCCGGCGGGCUGAUUUGUAGAUGACGAUGAGCCGUACAUACAAGAGGCGUUUUGGGGCAUUUGGUAGUCAUUCGAUACCUGGCAUGCGAGGGGGGAACAUGAAUUAACCCGCAUCUUACAUUGAUGGGGUGCUAAGGGAUCUCGCCAUCAAAACCCCCCAUCAGGUACCUGUUUGAGCUCGCAUGGGAUGUCGUUGCUGCCUCCAUCAACGCCUGCAACUGGCACGCGAUUUCCGCACCAGUCCAGUCUGGCCGUCGUCGACUUAUCCUACACCGCGAAAAACAUGACGAUGCCAGACAUGGCAACGGCUGAGGCAAACGCGCUGGCCAGGACAUAUGCGCGGCCACCACCCGAGCAUGCGCUUCCGGAUGUAUGAGUUAAAGAGCCAGGACAGGCAGAACGCCGGCCAUAGAUGCGUCAGGUUGUAAGGUGC